UAUAAUAAACAAUAAACCCACACGUCAAACUUCCACACUUUUCAACCGUUCUCUCUUCAAUUCAAUCACGUUCCGCCACCGCGCUUUUUCCCCUUCUCACCGCCAUGAUUCGCCUGAGAAGACUCGGCCCCGCCGUCGGAGCAGCCAUCGCCACCGCCUGCGGAGGCGCCGUCAUCCUCUACAAUCCUUCCAUCUCCGCCAACGACUACGGCGGCGGUUCCCGCCUCGAGAGCCUCCGCCAGAGGGUUUACGACCAGAACGCUGUUGUUCCGUCGAGGGAGACGCAGCAGUCGGCGCUGAUGGCUGCUGGUAAAGGUAAUCCACUCGAUGUUCUUGUUAUUGGUGGCGGAGCUACUGGCUCUGGCGCUGCGCUCGAUGCCGUGACGCGAGGGCUGCGAGUUGGCCUUGUGGAGCGCGAGGAUUUCGCAUCCGGAACUUCUUCUCGAUCCACGAAGCUUCUUCAUGGAGGAGUUCGUUACUUGGAGAAAGCUGUGUUUAACCUUGACUAUGGGCAAUUCAAAUUAGUGCUUCAUGCGCUUGCUGAGCGUAAACAGGUUAUUGACAAUGCACCCCACCUAUGCCAUGCAUUGCCAUGUAUGACACCAUGUUUUAACUGGUUUGAAGUACUAUACUACUGGGCGGGCUUGAAAAUGUACGAUUUGGUCGCAGGAAGACAACUGCUGCACUUCUCAAGAUAUUAUUCUACAAAACAGUCUGUUGAGCUCUUUCCCACUCUGGCUAGGGAGGUAAACAAUAGAAGCCUAAGGGGCACAGUUGUUUAUUAUGAUGGGCAGAUGAAUGAUUCACGGCUUAAUGUUGGAUUAGCUUGCACUGCUGCUUUAGCUGGUGCAGCAGUGCUGAACCAUGCAGAAGUGGUAUCCUUACUGAAGGAUGAUGCUGGAGAACGGAUCAUUGGUGUACGAAUUCGGGACAAUUUGACUGGCAAAGAGUUCGAUACAUAUGCAAAAGUAAUUUUGAAUGCAAGUGGCCCAUUUUGCGACUCUAUUAGGAAAAUGGCCAACAAAAAUUCACAAGAAAUGAUUGCUCCUAGCAGUGGCGUACAUAUUAUACUUCCUGAUUAUUAUUCUCCGGAGGGAAUGGGCUUAAUUGUUCCUAAAACUAAGGAUGGGCGUGUUGUUUUCAUGCUGCCGUGGCUGGGACGUACUGUUGCUGGAACUACAGAUUCUAGUACUGCCAUUACUUAUCUUCCAGAACCGCAUGAAGAUGAGAUUCAAUUUAUAUUGGAUGCGAUAUCUGAUUACCUUAAUGUUAAAGUACGUCGCACUGAUGUUCUUUCUGCUUGGAGUGGUAUUCGCCCAUUAGCAGUGGAUCCAACAGCGAAAAAUACUGAGAGCAUCUCGAGGGAUCAUGUUGUCUGUGAGGAUUACCCUGGUUUGGUCACCAUCACUGGUGGCAAGUGGACUACCUAUCGCAGCAUGGCAGAAGAUGCUGUUAAUGCAGCUAUUAAGUCUGGAAAGCUGACCCCCACCAUUGGAUGUGUGACAAAAAAUCUGGCCAUUGUUGGUGGUGAAGGGUGGGAACCUUCUUCAUUUACAGUUCUUGCUCAACAGUAUAAGCGCAUGAAAACUACACAUGGUAAAGUUGUUCCUGGGGCAAUGGACACUGCUGCUGCAAAGCACUUGUCUCAGGCAUAUGGAACAUUGGCUGAGCGUGUGGCCGCCAUUGCUCAGAAUGAAAAUUUGGGGAAGCGACUUGCCCAUGGUUACCCAUAUCUGGAGGCAGAGGUAGCUUACUGUGCUCGGAAUGAAUAUUGUGAAUCUGCUAUUGACUUCAUUGCAAGGAGGACUCGUCUGGCGUUCCUCGAAACCGAUGCAGCAAGAAGGGCAUUGCCUCGGGUCAUUGAAAUAUUGUCAACUGAGCACAAAUGGGACAAAUCAAGGCAGAAGGAAGAGUUGCAGAAGGCUACAGAAUUUUUACAGACUUUUAAAUCCUCAAAAAAUGCUCAGUUUCAUGAUGGGAAACACAAAUAGUUGUGGACUUGGAAGACAAGGAAGUUUUUCAUCUAACAACAAUAUGGUAAUCAUUUUUCUCUUCUAUGGAUCAAACGGUGACUAUGCUGGCCAUAGAGUGGUUAAACACCUUUGAAAUCAACUCUUCCUCCAGUUUGUCUCAGACUUACCUGCCAAAAUUGCAUUGGUGGGUUAGGUAGAUUGUUUUGCACAGUUACCUACCAAAAUAAUUCUUCUUGAGAUUAAUACCUUUGGUUUUUUCUCUUCAUAUAACAUUUGACAUUUUCUGUUUUUUUAACACUCAAUGAUUAUAUAUAGAAUUGACUUUUCUGUUGCA